CAAACGCAGACACUACCAUGGACAAGAUUAAGGAGAAACUUGAGAAACUUAGGAUCGAGGCCGAUACUAGCAUUUCUCGUGCUGAAAAGGCAGAGCUUGAGGUUAAAGAGCUCAAGGCAGAGCUUGCCAAGAAGGAGACUGAAGUCCAGACUUUCCAAAACAAGAUCUCUCUUUUGCAGAUGGAUCUCGAAAGAGCCGAAAAACGUGCUGACGAGAACAAGGUAAAGAAGGCAGAGAGCGACAAGGGUGAUUCUGUCAAGGAGGCUCUUGAGCGAAAGCUCCAGAUGCUUGAAAAGCAGCUUGACGACAAGGAACACGACCGCAAAGAAUCAAUUGAAAAAUCUCGUGCUCUUGAACUCCACGCUGAAACUCACGAGCGCAAGGCUAAACAGAUUGAUGCUGAACGUCAAGAUUUUGAACGCCGUCUUGAUGAAAUGACCAAAAAGUACGAGCAUGUCAAGGCAGAGCUCGAUCAAACAUUAAAGGACCUCGAGGGACUUUAGAUCUUGCUCUACUGCCGCUACUUUCUAAAAUCUGCUUACUUAUGUCUCAACUUUUUACUUUUUGUGCGACUGUAAUACAUUUCUGUCUCUACUUUGAGAGUGAUGAAGUCUUUAUUGCAUCUAAAAGUCUUUAUUCUUUCUGUCUGCUAUUGCAAUAAAUGGAGUUGUU